AUGGCGGCAAACACUCAACAAAACUUUCAGUCUCCAAAUCUUCAACAAGCAGCUUCUCCAGCACAGGUUGGUCAAUAUGGUAUCGGUCAGUCUUUUAUGCUGCCGCCUCUGUAUCAUCCAUCAUCCCCUUUCGUAACAAAUCAAACAUCACCUAUAUUAUCUCAGCAAAAUGUAAACAAUUUAAAUACGGACAUUUUACAGGGGAUUAUACAACGUUUGGACAGUAUGGACGCUAAACUUGGCCAAUUGAAUAAAAUUCAAUCAACUGUCGAGAAAAUAACGGAACGCUUAAACAGCCUUGAUCAAAAGUUCAACGAGAUUGAACGUAGUCACGCUUUUAUAAGCGAACAGUAUGAUAGUGUAACGGCACGUUCUAUCGAAAAUAAAGGCGAUAUUUCUCAAUUACGUAGUGAUGUCAAAUUUCUGAGUGCUGAGAAUGAAAAAUUAAAGUCGGCAAACGAUUCAUGUAACGAAAAUAUUAUUGAUUUGAAAUGUCGCUCGAUGCGAGAUAAUCUCCUGUUCUUCGGAGUUGCCGAGGGUACUACGUUCAAUCCCGCUCCUCUUGGCGGUGUUCAAUCAACCGUGACGGAUUCUACGGGGUUCACGGACAACACUUCUACUAACCAGACUUCUACAAUCUCGACAUCUGAUGAUUUCCAUGAACCUGCUGGACAUGAGUCACUUAAACAUGUUAAAUUACAGCAUACAGAUUACAAUGUAGCAGAUCAGUAUCCACCGGAAGUGAAAGACCGCCGGAAGCAACUUAAACCAGUGAUGAUUGAUGCUAGGAAACAGGGAAAACGCGCAGUUCUUGUCAGGGAUAAACUUUAUAUUGAUAAUGAAUUAUAUGGUUCUAAAUAG